AUAAGAACCAAUCAGAUCAGCAAAGCAAGGCCAACAGGCCUCUUUCUUUUCCUCUUCCAAGACCAUCGUGUUUCUAGUGCAAACCGCUAGUAGAGCACGUAUAUCUCGCCCAAGAUGAGUCAGGAUGUUGCAGAGCAAAAUAUUCAGAUGUGGAAGGUCAAGAAACUCAUCAAGAGUCUUGAUGCUGCCAGAGGAGCUGGUACUUCCAUGAUCAGUCUGAUCAUCCCCCCAAAGGAUCAAAUUUCUCGUGCUUCAGCUAUGUUGACGCAGGAGUAUGGUACUGCGUCUAAUAUCAAGUCUCGAGUCAAUCGAUUAUCAGUGUUGGCUGCCAUUACUAGUACCCAGCAGCGAUUAAAAUUGUACAAUCGGGUUCCUCCGAACGGUCUCGUGCUUUUCGUCGGAACUAUUCUGACCGAUGAAGGAAAGGAGAAAAAAGUUUCCUUCGACUUCGAACCUCACAAGCCUAUCAAUACGUCGCUCUAUCUUUGCGACAACAAGUUUCACACAGAAGCCUUGUCCGAACUGCUAGAGUCAGAUUCACGAUUCGGUUUCAUAGUUAUGGACGGUAAUGGCACUCUCUUCGGAACGCUCGCUGGAAACACACGUGAGGUAGUGCACAAGUUCACUGUCGAUCUUCCCAAAAAGCAUGGUCGUGGUGGUCAAUCCGCACUUCGUUUCUCCCGUCUCAGAGAUGAAAAACGACACAACUAUGUCCGCAAGGUCGCUGAGCUGGCUGUUCAGCACUUUAUUACCAAUGACAAGGUUAACGUUACUGGCCUGGUCCUCGCGGGUAGUGCGGAUUUCAAGACCGAGCUCGGUCAAAGUGACAUGUUUGAUGGGCGUUUGGCUGCCAAAGUUAUCAAGGUUGUCGAUGUCAGCUACGGUGGCGAGAAUGGUUUCAACCAGGCUAUUGAACUUGCGGCCGAAUCUCUUGCCAAUGUUAAGUUCGUACAGGAAAAGAGGCUCAUUCAGAAAUACUUCGACGAAAUCAGCCAAGAUACUGGGAAGUACUGCUUCGGUAUCGAUGACACGCUGAAGGCGCUGGAACUCGGUUCCGUAGAAACUCUGGUUGUAUGGGAAAACAUGGACAUUACCCGAUAUAUCUUGCGCAACGCUGCAGGAGAGGAAAUCGUCAUUCACACCAACAAGGAACAGGAGAAGGAUCGCGAAAAGUUCCUCGAUAAGUCUACUGGUCUUGAGAUGGAGCAAGUCAUGGAACCUCAGCCUCUUCUCGAGUGGUUCGCCGAAAAGUACAAAGAGUUUGGUGCAAACUUGGAAUUUGUGACAAACCGAUCGCAGGAAGGAGCGCAAUUUGUGAAAGGAUUUGGUGGCAUUGGAGGGCUCUUGCGAUACAAGGUUGACUUUACCAACCUUGCUUCGAUAGAUGAAGAAGAAGAAGAGUUCUAUUCGGACGACGAUGAUAUCUGACGUUUCUGCUGGCUCUUCGGAGCCCCGUCUACUAAGGGCACGCCAGGCGGGGCGGUGGGAAGGUGUGGGGUACGAGAGAUGGCGACGGGUGUCAAAAGUUUGGCCGAAUGCAUUGUUAGGACUGAAAACGAUACUAGUCUAAUCGCUGGAGGGUGCACUGUUAUCUGUGAUGAGGGUGUGGGUCCACACGCAGAGAUGCAUCAUUGUGUUUUGGUGGAGUUAGGCAGAAGUUUUGCCCACACUCCCAGCUAUGUGGAGUGCAUCAUGUUGGGGGGAUGUGACGUUGGGCGCAGUAUGCACCGACAGCUCCUCAACCUGUCGAUGUAAUUUUAUUGUGAUGAUUGUUUUGUAAUAUUGUAACGUAAAAAUAUCAGUUUGUUCAGGUUUCAA